AUGGACACCCACAUAGCAGAUGAAAUGCUCAAAGAGCUCGACAUUAAUGAGAUCACGGUCAAGGCCAAUGAUCGCGCCGCCGAGCGAUACGAGAUUGACCCAGAGGCUGAGAAGAAGCUUUUACACAAGCUGGACAUGCAUAUCCUGCCAGUACUCUGGUUUUUGUACAUGCUGGCAUUCCUGGACAGGUCGAACAUUGGCACGAAUUACCACACAUCUCAUCACUAUUCAGGCAAUGCAAAAAUCCAAGGCAUGACGAAGGAUUUGAAGAUGACUGGCAACGACUACAAUAUUGCGCUGUUCAUCUUCUUCCCAAGCUAUAUCAUCUUCGAAGUGCCCUCCAACAUCCUGAUCAAGCGGCUUGCUCCAUCAACCCUGCUCUCUGGCCUCAUGUUCUGCUGGGGCAUUAUCACGAUCGCACAAGGCUUAGUCAAGACCAAGGAAAGCUUGUACGCCAUGCGCUUCCUUCUUGGCUUCUUCGAAUCGGGCUUCUUCCCAGGCUGCGCAUAUCUGAUCUCGAUGUACUACAAACGCUACGAGCUGCAAUGGCGCUUCAACAUCUACUUCACCGGCUCCAUCAUCGCGGGAUCCUUCAGUGGGUUGCUGGCUUAUGGUAUAGCGCAUAUGGACGGUGUGCAGGGUUACGGUGGCUGGAGGUGGAUCUUCAUCCUCGAAGGCAUCUUCACAGCCGUUGUUGCUCUUUGUGGGAAGUUCUUCAUAGUCGACUGGCCAGAGAAAGCCAAGUUCCUGACCGACGACGAGAAGAGACUCUUGAUCGCCCGCCUCUCCGCCGACGUAGCAGACGCCAAGAUGAACCGACUAGACAAGCCAGCCAUGAGAAGGAUCUUCACCGACUGGAAGAUGUACGUGGGAACGCUGAUGUACCUCGGGAUCGUCAACACGGGCUACGCGACUUCCUUCUUCACGCCCACGAUCUUGACUCAACUCGGCUAUAAAGCUCAAGCAGCGCAAGUCCGCAGUAUCCCGAUCUUCCUCGUCGCCGCAUUCUUUUGCCUCGUCACAGCAUACUGCACCGAUAAGCUGCGGCAUCGUUACGCGUUCUGUAUUCUCGGGAUUUGCAUUGCGACUACGGGGUAUGCGAUGUUGCUCGCGCAGGCGAUGAUUCCAGUUGGAGCGAGAUAUGCAGCCAUCUUCCUGAUCGUGACGGGAGGGUAUAUGUGUCAGCCUGUGACCAUUGCCUGGCUGGCGAAUUGCAUGAGCGGGCAUUACAAACGUUCCGUCUCAAGCGCUUUUCAGAUUGGCUUCGGAAAUCUAGGCGGCAUCAUCGCGUCAGACAUUUUCAUUACUAACGAAGCCCCUGGAUUCGUGACGGGAUACGCGGUCAGUUUGGCAUUGAUCUGGGUCACGGCGAUUGGCUGCACAGUCCUGCUCCUUGGGCUGAGGCGGGAGAACAGGAAGCGUGAGCGAGGCGAGCGAGAUUGGAGGCUCGAGACGUCCGAUGCCGAUAAUCUUGGCGAUGACCAUCCUCACUUUAGAUUCACGUAUUGA